AACAAACGUAAUGUUGUAUAUAGUUUUUAUUAUGAAUACUUAUUACCCUUAUGUAUAACUUUAAUAAUGAACUUAAAGCCAUUAUGUUUACUAAAUAACUGCAAGAGGUUUUUAUAAAUAUAUAAUAAUAAUUUGUUUGAAGUAAUUCUUAGUUAUAAUGAACCCAAAUUUUCCAAUUUUCCCUACAAUGACUCCUAAUAUUGUAGAUCCUCUAUGGUUUAGCGUUGAUAAACCCAAGAAUGAAGAUGCUGAACUUAUACAAAUAGAAAGUGCCCACCAAAAUUGGCUACUUACAGUUGUAAAUAAAAUAAAUGAUAAGGAUGUACCUCUUCCAAUUGGAAAAACAGCAACUGAGAUACAAGAAGAAGAAGAUGAAGAAGACGAAGAAGAAGAAGUAAAUGCCUCUGAUGAUAGUGAAACUCAUGAUGAAGAAGAAGAUGAUGUAGAAAUGGAUGGAAAUAAUACAUAUGAUCCUGAUUCUUCUGUCUCUACUAGAUAAUUAAUUAAAGAAAUAAUAAUCCAUUAUUGUUGUGAUCAUACAUUUUUUUUGUAUAUUUGUAUUAAGAUAUUUCUACUUCACGUAAUAUUUCCUAUUUAUAAUAUUUUAAUUGUAUUUAAUAUCCAAAAAAAUAUAAGAAUUGUUUGUA